AUCCAUAUAAUAAUCAGUUGUUAGGAUUGUUUUGGAUGUUACCAAUGCAACAACAAUAUUUGAUUUGUUAUAUAAAUGUUGUUCAAACUGAUAAUAUGUAUCAAACAAAUUGGUUCAACAUGUAUCUUACACUUCUAGUAGUCAUUAAUAAUAAUACAAAAACUCAGUUAGUGGCUCAAUCACUAUCUGAAGAUGAAAUGACUAAGUUAUAUGAAUAG